AUGUCGAACGUGCCGCUCCCUCGUGACGUCGUUGCCCAGAGGGCGAAGAAUGCGGUGGCGGAGUUCCCCGUCAACCCAGACGAUCUCUGGGAGAUCAAGAUGCGCCCCGAGACGGGGUACCUUUCUGUGGGGGUGAGCCACAAGGGCUACACCUCGAAGCCCCCGGUCCCGGAGGAACGCGAAAUCAACCACCUGCACAGAGAGGCGGUGAAGAAGAAGAAAGAUGCAGCAGAGGAGGUCGCCGCCAGGAAGAGGACGAGGAAGGAAAAGCAUGAGAAGGAGUGCAAGAUUGCACACGCGGAGGGAAAGCCUCGGCCCGCCACGCCCGAGUCCACCGAGGAGGAGGACUCCUCGGACGUGGAGCUCAAUUUCUCGGAUGACGACGAGGCGGCGACGGGCGCGGGCUCCCCGCCGGUCUAUCGAGGGGCUGGCGGCGAGGAGGUGACGGUGACGCUGGGUGAGGCGAGGCUCACAUCGGGAUCACUGAUGGAGCCGCCCCCCGUGAGGACAGAACGGGGGGCGCCCACGCCGGUAGCGGGCAGGAGAUCGUCCACGCCCGUGACGGGGCAGAGGUCGCCGCCACUAGCGACGGGUAGGAGGACACCCGCACCCGCGGUGUCAAUGGGCAGUGGAGGAUCCGCAGUGAGUGCGGAGACGCCCGCGCAGACAGCCUCGGGGCUCCGGGCCGACCCGAGGGUGGCGCCCUUGGGCCAGUCAUCGAGAGGUGUCAGCGUGCCGCAGGCCCGGAGGAGCGGCACGGGCAAGCGUUGCAUGAGCGCCCGGUCAGGCUCCAGGGCCAUCGCCAGGGAUGCGGCCCAGCUUGCGCCGACCAAGACCCUCAAGACCGGGGCGCACGCAACGUCGCACACGGCGCCGCAGCCCCCGAUCGGAGUGGACCCGGCCUUAGAGGCAGGGGCCGAAAAGCUCCGAGAGGCGAUGGCUCGGGGGGCCCUAGAGAGUGGGGGUGACGCCGGCCAGAGCGGCAUUGUAACAGCCGCUGGAGCCGACGCCAAGGAGGAGGUCAGCCGGGGCGGCGCGGAUGAUGCCACCCGACUGAACAUCGAAAUCGAGGCCGGUUGGGGCGACGCGGAUAGCGUCGCCCAUCCGGAGGAGUCGGCGCCAAGGGCGCCGGCAGUGGAGGAAACCUGCGUCCCGAAGCCCGCAAGGGCCGGGGACGAGGUUGUUGUUGCAGCGGCGACGGCGCAAACGGCGCCGGAGAACGUGGAGCCGGUGGUGGAGUUGCCGCUGAGCAGCGAUGAGUUCGGGGACUCGAGGGACAUCAACCCUGCUGCUGCGGCCUACGCCGCCGACCGGAUUGCCGACGAGCAGGAGGAAGAAGCGGUCUGGAAAGCGCAGUUCGAGGUCAGCUCUCAGAUUCAGGACCACCUCGACCGCGCCCUAGGGCUUCACCGGACGACGGACCUCCAGAUCACGGCUGAGGGAAUCGAGCUGACCCGGCUGUACUCUCAGAUGCACUGGCUCGGGCAGCACAACGCCGACUUGGUGCUUCAGAACAUCGACACCAACACCAAGAUGACAGACCUGGGGGCGCGCCAGCGGGCGCUAGAGGAGGACCUGCGUGUUAGGACGACGCUCGAGCAGAAGGAGGCCGAGCUCCAGCACGAGAAGGCGACCGUCGCUACGCUGACCGGGACCCUCGAGGAGAAGGGCAGAGCCCUCGAGGAAAAGAAGGUGGCCAUCCGAAAAGCGGAGGCCACCCUCAAGGAGAAGGAGGACUCCUUGUCCUCGCUCGAAGGGGUCGCCCGGGUCCAGCAGGAAGAGGCGCCGAAAAAUAUUGCGGAGCAGAGGCAAAAAGUGGCGGAUGAGACUUCGGUGAAGGAGGCUGUCAACACUGCGCUCAUGGCGGCACAGGUUGAAUACACUGAACUAGAGCGGACCGCCAUCGCCGAGCACGCCAAGAGAACUUUCCACCUUGGUGUCCUGCGAGCCCUCGCCGUGGCCUCGACGCACUACAUUAUGGACCUUCAGAGGGUGUCGUUGGGGUACGUCAUCCCAACCGACGCCGAUACAGAUGCUGCAUCGUCCAUCAUGGAUGACGCCACCGCCGCCGCCGAGGAGUUCGCCACUGUCCUAGCCAGGAAGCUUGAGGCUGACAUCCCCCCGAUAGCUGAAUUCGAUGCCAUAGCUUUCAGCGAGGAAGUUCGCAUUCACAAAUGA